AAAAAAAAAGCCAAGCCUGGUGUUACAUGUCUCAACUUUUGUUUUGCCUUUUAACCAAAUCCACAGUCAGCAGUCUCACAAUAUCUGGGACUGAUGAUGCAAAGAGGCCAAUAGAAGCGUGGGCCCCGUACCGUGGAUUGUUAUUCGGUGAGUGCAUGUUAUUGGGGGGAAAGGAGUUCCGCCAAUGGACGAGCGGCGCUGGUGCCACGUGACUGCCCCCCUCCUCUUCCAUUCAUCAGGGCUGGACUGUGUUGUCUUUUCAAUUCAUUUAUCUGCAGGAAUGAUUGCGACUAUCAGUCUAGAGCUCACCGCCUGACUGAGGAGGUGAAAGUUGCGCCCCAGGAAGAUAAACCGCAAAAGACAAUAUUGCAUGUAUAGCUGAUUCUGCGCGUGCAUCGGAUGACCGGUGUAGGGGAAUUCCUCGCGUCGUAGAAAAGUAAACAGAAUAUCGGCGGAUUUGAGUUUGCCCAGUCCAGAGAGGUCCAAGAGAUAGCGGCAGAGAGGGGGAGGAAGAAUAUCUGCGUUGGUUUUUUGAAUUCCGCUCUCAGUCGUCUCGGCGAGUCAAGACUGAAGAUGCUGCUGGACGCAGGACCGCAGUAUCCCACCAUAGGAGUCACUACUUUCGGCUCCUCGCGGCAUCACUCAACAGGCGAAGUCACAGAGAGAGAAGUGGCGCUGGGGAUAAACCCGUUCGCGGACGGGAUGGGCGCCUUCAAAAUAAACCACAGCUCCCACGACCUCGGCUCCGGGCAGACGGCGUUCUCCUCCCAGGCGCCCGGCUACGCGGCGGCCGCCCUGGGGCACCACCACCACCCGACCCACGUUGGCUCUUACUCGACGGCGGCGUUCAACUCCACCAGGGACUUUCUGUUCAGAAACCGGGGCUUCGGGGACGCGGCCGGGGCGCAGCACAGCCUGUUCGCCUCCGGGAGUUUCGCGGGGCCGCACGGACACUCGGAUGCGGCGGGGCACCUGCUCUUCCCCGGGCUGCACGAGCAGGCGGCCGGCCACGCGUCCUCCAACGUGGUCAACAGCCAGAUGCGGCUGGGCUUCUCGGGGGACAUGUACGGCAGGGCCGACCAGUACGGCCACGUUACGAGCCCGCGCUCCGACCACUACGCCUCCACCCAGCUGCACGGCUACGGCCCCAUGAACAUGAAUAUGGCCGCGCACCACGGAGCAGGGGCCUUCUUCCGAUACAUGAGGCAGCCCAUCAAACAAGAGCUCAUCUGCAAGUGGAUCGAGCCGGAGCAGCUGACGAAUCCCAAAAAGUCGUGCAACAAAACUUUUAGCACGAUGCACGAGCUGGUGACCCACCUGACGGUGGAGCAUGUGGGGGGACCCGAGCAGACCAACCACGUCUGCUUCUGGGAGGACUGCUCAAGAGAAGGGAAGCCGUUCAAAGCCAAAUACAAACUUGUAAAUCACAUCAGGGUGCACACCGGAGAAAAGCCCUUUCCGUGUCCGUUCCCUGGCUGUGGCAAAGUAUUCGCGCGCUCGGAAAAUCUAAAAAUUCACAAAAGGACACACACCGGUGAGAAGCCAUUUAAGUGUGAGUUCGAUGGCUGCGACAGGCGGUUUGCAAACAGCAGCGACCGCAAGAAACACAUGCACGUCCACACGUCGGACAAACCCUAUCUGUGCAAAAUGUGCGACAAGUCCUACACGCAUCCCAGCUCCCUCCGAAAACACAUGAAGGUUCACGAGUCCACCAACCCGGGAUCGCAACCCUCUCCAGCUGCCAGCUCAGGGUACGAGUCCUCCACGCCUCCCACCAUCGUGUCCCCGUCCACAGAGAACCAGAGCAGCGCGUCCAUAUCCCCCGCAGCCUCCGCAGUCCACCACACAGCCGGACACAGCGCGCUCUCGUCCAAUUUCAAUGAAUGGUACGUGUAAAUAUUUUUGACAACAACAGAAAAAAAGGCAGAGGGAGGAAUUGGGGGAAAAGACUGCAGAAUUUUAAAAAAGAAAAAGGAGAAAGAACUGGACGUUUUUUUUUUUUAAAGUCAACCA